UUAAAAGCAACACUACUCUACACAGUCAGCACUGCGCUGCUUUUAGUGCAAAAACACAAAUGGCGUCACAUUAAAACUUCAAGAGGUUUACUAUUGCGCCGUGAACAGCGACAACAACUCUCCCCGUCAAAGGAAAUGUCGAAUCAACACCAAACUAAACGGCUAAAAACAGCUUCGGUGUUUGUAUGUUUAUGACCAAACGUGUUCCACUUACAAGGGAAGUGGUUUGAAACAUGUGGAGAAAAUCAGCGAGCAGAGGAUACAUUUGUUUAAUGAGCAGAAGUGUUGUGUUGAAGGAAUUUGCAGGCUCCAAGGCAGUGCGCCAUUGCAGUUCCCAUGUCUCACCCUCAGGGAGGAUAACUGCACGACAAGCAGCGGAUAUUUGGAGGAAACGCUUUGAGGCGGAAGGUGUGACCGAACCCGACCUCUCCAGCCAGUACAUCAUCGCCCAUGUGCUCGGGGCUAAAACUGUAGAAGGUGCCGGGAGGAAGAAAAUGUCUGCAUUUCUCACUCAAGAAGAAGCACAGCGAAUAUGGAAGCUCUGCGAGAAACGCCUUUCCAGGAUGCCUGUGCAGUAUGUGAUCGAAGAGUGGGACUUCAGAGAUUUGACACUGAAGAUGAGGCCUCCCGUAUUCAUCCCACGACCUGAAACAGAGGAGUUGGUAGAAUUGGUCCUGAAUGAUCUUCAAAAGAAGAGCGGCUCCCUUACGUGUUUAGAGGUGGGAUGCGGCUCCGGUGCCAUUUCUCUCAGCCUACUGAAGAAUCUACCCCAGCUCAGAGUCAUUGCACUGGACCAAAGUACAGAGGCUGUGGAAUUGACAAGGGAAAAUGCAUUACGAUUGGGACUUCAAAACAGAUUAAAGGUUUAUCACGCAGAUGUCACUAAAGAUGCAGAGACAGUGUUGAAGCUUUGCCGCAAUGUCUCUACGUUGGUUAGUAACCCUCCCUAUCUCUUCUCAGAAGACUUGCCUUCACUGGAACCAGAAAUUUUGAGGUUUGAGGACCACGCCGCCUUAGACGGUGGCAAAGACGGCUUGCAAGUCAUCCGCAAGAUUUUAACCCUGGCUCCUCACCUUCUCUCAGAUGACGGCUGCAUUUACUUGGAGGUGGAGCCCAAACACUCCCAGCUCAUUCGGCAGUGGGCGGAGUCCGACGCUAAAUGGCUGCGUUUGGCUGAGACACGUUAUGAUAUCACCGGCAGGCCCAGGUUUUGCAUCUUUCGGAGAGACGAGUCACACGAUCACAAGCUGCACCUGGGUUGAAAAAGCCAGAUCCUAUUACGUUGGCUUUAGUCCCCUGCCGCCCAGUUUCUCCCUCCCCCUCUGCUCUUGAGUCGACAAACACGGUGACUUUAAUCGCUCAAAAUACCCUCAUAUUAUCUGCAUCAGGAAUCAUAUAAAUGGACCUGCCACUGCGCUUUUUAAUCCAUGCACAUCACGUGCCACGGUAACACAGAAAAAUGUGUGUGCGAUGGCACAAAAGAGGCUCAAAGCUGAAGGUAAUUACCAAGGCUUUUCUUGGAAGCCUCCCUCUCUGAAUCGUACCCUCCUCCCUGGAAGCAUUUUGUAGUUCUGUGAAUCGCCUGAUGAACAGUCCUCCCCUUUGCCCGUCCACUCGCUGACUCAGAUGCAGGCGUGCAUGCACGCAAGCUGAAUGUGGCCUUUACUGCUCAUGCAAUCUCUCAUACACGAAGCUCAAAGGCCAGAGACGAUUAAGAGGAUCAAAUAUUUCCUGUACAAUCGGCAUUUCGUGCAACGGCAAAAAUUUUCAUCAUCUUCCAUUUGUGACCGAAUACAUCACUUAUUUGAAUGGAAAAGGUUGAAAUUUAACAACAUUUCUAGGAAACCAUUUGAAUGGUUUUAGUUAAUCCAAUUUAACACAAACAAAGGGGCACUUAUCUUGGGAGAAGUAACUAAUGCCACAGCAGCUCUCGUCACUAAGUGCAAAUUUGUGAAGUACUGCAUUGUAUUUACAUUUAAAAGAGUAAAGCUUUUAUACAGAGAAACCUGCUAUGUUUAUCUCUAGAAAAUGCAGUUUAAAGGUUGGGGCAAGCAGACAAUUUUGUUUUUCAUGAAAGCGCUCCAUGAAAAAUACAGUCAUUAAAAAAAUGUCACAGAAAUGUCCGUAUUUUCUUUAAAGAAAAUAUUUUUUUCUUCCCAUAUUGAAAAUAUCUAUACUUCAUUGCUGAUUAAUUUCGUGGUGUCGUCUUUAAAAACAGCUGUGGAUCUGUUGGGGGCAAGUAAGGAUACACGUAUGUACAGUUGAACCAUGUUAGAUAUUGUACCAUUUAAAUUGAAAAAUUUUAAUUGUAAUUAAAGUACGUUAUAUUUAAUCUCAGAAAACAGCAAUAAAUUAUAGCAGGCAAAGUAUGUGAACAUCUAAGCACAACAGCAUUUACAAUUUACACUAUUAGUCAUUGUAUUAAUGCUUUUCUUUCAAAAACAAGUACAUUUUAGUGACCCAAAACUAUACCUGCUGUGCAUUUAAGAAACAUAAACCUCAUGUCAACUGUUGAAAAUUGAAAUUUUAAAUAAAAAUCAGAUUGCUAAUGAUGUACCAUACUAUAUGAAUAUAACAAAUUAAGGGACCGCUCUAUCAUUGUCAGUUCAUGCCAGCAAAUUCCAGGCUAAGAAAUCUUUACGGACAAAGAAUAUCCAUCCAUUAUCUACCGCUAAAUCCGGGGUCGGGUUGCGCGGACAGAAAAGAUUAAAAACAAAAAAACAACAAAAAAAAAACAAACCAAAAAAAAAAAUAUAU